GUGUGGCCGUUAAGGGGUGGGGGGGGGGGCUUUGUCACUCCCCCCCCAAGGCAGCACAGCAUUCCAAAGUGUUAACAGCUCUUGUCUGAGCUGCUCUCUAUUUUAACUCUCCCAGCCCUCUGCACAGAGAGAGGCUCAAGCCGUGUGCCAGCCCAGAGCCUGGGGUACAGACCCGAGUACAGCCAGAGUACAGCUGGGUCACCAAGAGACCCCCCACGAUUAGAAAUGGCACGCCAGCACUGAGGACGCCUGCACGCAGACGGAGAAACACACAGGGGCAGGCGAGACGGGGCAGUGAUGGUGGUCGAGGAGGCGGUGAUCACUUUGUCCGGGGGAGCGCCGUGGGGCUUUCGGCUGCAGGGGGGCGCCGAUCACAGGAAGCCGCUCCUGGUGGCCAAGGUGAGGAAGCGCAGCAAGGCCUGCCGGGCGGGUCUGUGUGAGGGGGAUGAGCUGCUAUCAAUCAACGAGAAGCCCUGUGGAGGGCUGUCACAUGCCCAGGCCAUGAACCUGAUUGACAGCUGUCCAGGAGUGCUACACAUCCGGGUCAAGAGGGCGCCGACCGGCUUCCAGUCCGUGGUUCUGGUGCCCAGGGCCCCCUCUCCCCGGAUCGACAAGGAGUACCGGGCUGCCCUGCGCGCCCUGUCGCCCCCGCAGCCCACAGGGCCGGAGGUCACCCGCGCCAGACUCAUGUCCCCCACGCUCCGCGGCCCCGAGGCGCUGCCGGAGGAGUGCGCCCACCGGGACUGCCUGACCUCCCCGCCCGACAGCGAGGCCUACUACGGCGAGACCGACAGCGACGCGGACACUGCGCAUGAGAAGCAGCGCCGCCAGAAGCGCCGCAGCCCCAGCUCCUCGCCGGGGAAGGCGUCUGGCAAGGCGUCGCCGGCGGAGACCUCGGAGAUGAGUGGCUACGACAGCGCCCCCGACACACAGGCCUGCCCCCAGCCGCCCACCCCCGGCCCAGGGCACAGCCCACCGGCGAAGCCCCAGGUGACUUCCGCCGCGCCCCAGCCUGCGGUGGCCAGGAAAGAGGUGGCUUACCAGCCCCGGCGCGUGGAAACCAGCUUCUGUGUGUGGCAGCCCCCUGGGGAGACGCCACCCCACGCCGGGAACUCCGCAGAGAAUUCCUCCGCCAGCACGGACGACCAGAGCCCCCGGGAUGGGCAGGGAGCUGUGGAGGUGGACAGCGGCUUCCAGGAGCCACCCAACCCCCUGCCACCGCUGGUGUCUCCUGAGCGCGCCCGAGGGGUGUCCCUCCUCCUGUCGGGCAGCAGGCAGCUGGUGCCAAUGGUGGGGCCAGUGGACAACCCUGUGGACGAAGAGCUGACCGUCACAUACAUGGACAAGGCCAAGCAAGCCAAGCUGCAUCGCAGCGAGAGUGUGCAGGAGAAGCAGGUGAAGGAAGCUCGUACCAAGUGCCGCACCAUCGCCUCCCUGCUGACCGACGCGCCCAACCCCCACUCCAAGGGCGUCCUGAUGUUCAAGAAGCGGCGCCAGCGCGCCAAGAAGUACACGCUGAUCAGCUACGGCAGUGUGGAGGAGGACCAGCUCCGGGCAGACAUGGAGGGCGAUGAAGAUGAGGAGGACGGGGUCCUCCCCACCAGCGAGUCUGAGUUUGACGAAGAUGGCUUUGCUGCGGCUGCCGAUGCUGACACGACCUGGGACAGUGACUACCUGGACAUCCUGGAAAAAAAGGACCCUGCUUCCCAGAGAUCCUCCAGCCCUGGGGCUCCGGAAAGCCCGGGCCUGCCUGGUUCUGCGGGGAGAGGUGCCCAGCUCUUUGAGCAGCAAAGAAAGAGGGCAGAGGAGCACACUGUGACAGGCAGUGUGCCAGAGGUGGCGCAGAUGCCACGGGAAGCAGGCACUCCUAACACACAGCCGUCCACUCCCAUAACCCCCCCUAGCUACAGCGUGAUGAAUGGAGACAUCAGUCCCAAGAGCAGAAGUGCUGAGCUGAUGUCACCCCCUCAUCUGGCACCUAUGCCAGUCAGACAGCCAGUGGUUGUGACCUCUCCUCAGCUGCCUGACCUGCCCUCCAGCUCAGUGCUGAACAGAACUGCCCGACCCUUCACGCCCGGGUUUGUCAGCUCCCGGGCUGCCACAGCACCUGUCAUCUUCCGGCCCACCUCUGCAAGGAAGACGCCUUCUCAACCUCCCUCUUCUCAACCUAUGGCCUCUGUGCCUGCCCCCUUCUCUGCUCCUCCUGCCUCUGCUCCCAAGCUGGCCAUCUCCACGGCGUCCCUGUACAUCCCAGCUCGAUCGGCCUCUGCGGUGGCCCCUCUGUCUGUCCUCUCACCACCCCCUCCGUUCUCGCCCCCUCCAGCGCCGGCUGCGCCCCUCCCCUCCAGCUUGCAGCCCCCGGCAGCUGCCCCUCCUGUUGCCGGCCCCAUUGCCCCACCGGCCUACUCUGCCCCUUCUUCCACAGAAGCUUUGGUGUCCCGUGAGCAGAGGAUCUCCGUGCCGGCGGCCCGUACCGGUAUCCUGCAGGAGGCCCGGAGACGCAGCACCAAGAAGCCCAUGUUCAGCCGCCCCGAGGAGAAAAAGGGCAGCUCCCCCAACCCAGAGCUGCUGUCCCUGGUGCAGAACCUGGACGAGAGGCCCAAAGGGGUAACAGAAGCAGGGUUUGAGUCCGGCCCUGAGGAGGACUUCCUCAACCUUGGAGCAGAGGCCUGCAACUUCAUGCAGGCACAGAAGCACAAAGUACCGCCACCUGUGGCCCCCAAGCCACGUAUUCACGUGCCCGAGAUACCCCAGCUGGGAGGUAAGGGGGCAGAGCUCUUUGCACGCAGGCAGAGCCGCAUGGACCGGUUUGUGGUGGACACCUCCCCUCAGCAGACCUCACAGCCAGCCUCCCCAGCCAGGCCUCGCCUGCCCUCUCCAACUCCCUCCCUGCCAUCACACUGGAAGUACUCCUCCAACAUCCGAGCACCUCCUCCCAUCGGCUACAACCCCUUGCUCUCUCCUUCCUGCCCCCCCGGAGCCCAGCGGAGCACCAAGGCCGCUGAGGCCCCCAAAACGGGCACAUGGAGCGGCAGAAAGACCUCGCAGAAGGAGGGGAUCAAAGCCAUCGAUUUCAUCAGGAGACAGCCAUACCAGUUAAACCCAGCCAUGUUCAGCUUCGGGAGCAGCGGUUCGUCGGUGGCACAGCAGUCGCGCCCCCUGAUGGGCAGCUCCCUGACGCAGCCAAGGCAGAUCCCCGUAAAAGCCGCACGCGUGUACGAGAUCAAGCGCUUCUCGACCCCGACACCUAUGUCCGUCCCCACAUCGCUAACGCCCACUGUGAUCGCGCCGCGUGCUGCCACCACCCUGGGAGAGCCUCUGUUUCGCUCCAACAUCUGCUCUCCCCCCCCCACCACCACCGCUCCUCCCCCAGCCUCUGCUCCUGCCCCCGCUGGCACCCCUGUCCAGGAGGCCAAGCAGUACCAGACCACGCCCGAGCUCAGUCCCCUAGGCCCCUCUCGACCCUCUGUUCUCAGCAGCGCAGCCACCAUUCAGGUGCCCAAACCACGCUUCCAGGCCUCCAAGAUCGGGAUUCAGUCCAACGUGUGGAGACCCGGCGCCCUGCGCUACUGAAGAUGCCUGCACAUGCAGUCCUGUAGCAGUGUUUUCCCAUCCCAGCCCAGUGCGCUUUCUAGAGUUUCAAUACCAAGUGUGUGAUUCCCACAAUCCACUGAGACAUCAGACCAUCAGCUGCCUGCUGGUGUUGUGAGCUGUACCUGUCGACGCUUGUCAUCUUGAGCAUGUUAGUGAUACAGAAGUAUUACUGUGAAGAAUAAGAAUAAGAAUUUGCUUGACACACACUCCAAUCCACAAUUAGGUGCAGGGGGGGUGACAGUAAUUCUGAAUGGGAGAGAUUUAAAUGUACGGACUCUGCACUGUGAUGGGAUACUCUGCUACGGAGACAUUUUGAGCUCCUCUUGAUUUUCCCUGGGGCUGUGUUCUGAGUUGAAUUUCUGGACAUUUCUAAAUCACAAACCGCUGUAUUCACGUUUUUGUAUUGUAUCUCUUCCAGUGGUGUUCUGAGGUUUUGAUUUCAGGAUCAUUUGUGCAUUUGAGCAGUUAUAAAUAAUAUAUUUAAAUUGCUGUUCAUUAGAUGUAAGAAAGGAUUCAGACUUGAAGAGCUGGUGUUUUGGAAGAUCAGUUUACAAAACCCCACAAUCACCAUAUUCAUAAGUGUUUAAGGAUGUCUUGCGGCCUCAUUGUUUUACUGUAGAGUAUUUCCAAAAAAAACAACAAAGAAUUUGGAUUAAGGUAAUACUUUUCAGACACCACAAUUACACAGCCUUUUGCUGUAUGGUAGUUCAAAACGAUUUCACACAAUUCCUUUCAUGUGUAGCAUCUAAAUUCUCUAAAGAAAAAAGAAGCAGUUACACAGGGAGAAUAAAAAAGAUGACAUAAAGCUCCAUACCAUAAUAACAACCAGCAAUUGUUAUUGUUGUCGGUCAAUAAAAUUCAGAGUAUUAAAGUUUGUAUUCAGUUUAGAUUUGAAAGUCCUAAUGGUGGCUUUUGGGCUGUUCCAUGGCUGGUGGUGAACAACAGAACGAAGGGCUGCCAAUUGAGUCUGGCACCUUGAAGGGAUGAGCCCUGUUUUCAAUCAUGACGUGUAAAGGAGAGAGAACAAAGUGGAAACUAGCUCAAUGUGGCAGCAUUGAUUAUGCUGCAAUGAGGAGCAAUGAGGUAGAAUAGAGUACUAGAUAUUUGCAAUCACAGGAGAGAAAACAGUGGGUCUUUAUGUACUGUUUUGAAGACUGAGAUACAGUAGGUUGUCAGAAAGGAUUAUAGUUUUCAUUCACCAGCGAGAGACAACACAAUCCUAAACAAGUCAGAGAGAGAAAAACAUCAUUGCUGUCUUGCCUUCCUAGAGCAGAUGCCUCCUCACUCUUCAAGUAAACACACGUUGUUAUGUGACAGUGCCGAAAACCCCAUUGUGAAGCUCUCACUAAGGCCCCUUAGCUUUGAUUGAGUGUUUGAGACUGCAAGUCAUUACAGAGCUGUUCUGCAGCACCUUUAGCUGAUGUGAAUGUGUGAUACUGUCCUUCUGUAGUCUCUUGAUACCUUCUGACUUACUCGUUGCCUUUACUGUGAAGAUUUCAAGGCAUGUGGAGGGAUUUUCUGUCAUUUUUUUCUGCUUUUAGGUCUCUUCGACUUGCCCGUCAAAGCCAAAAUGAAACAUCAUAACUUCCUUCUCGUGUUCUGAUCGGUUUAUGUAUUCUGUAUUGUGUCUGUAGUUUGUCUAGAAGUGGAAGAAUUAUCUUAAAUUAUUUUGAAAUUGGCAGAUGUCUCUUUACAAACAUGUCUCGGAACACAUCUUAUAAAGAAGAGGUGGCAGGGGUUGUUGUUGUCGUGCUUCACCUCUGACCCCAGCAAUCCAGACACAAGCAAGGGGCAGACGUUUGGACACAGACCUCUUUGCAUGUCAGCGGAUCAUUUUAAAAUUAUCCAUAAGCAAAGCAAGGUAAACCAAUAAGGAAACAGUAAGUCAUUAAUUAUAUUAGUAUGCUGUCACUAUGCAGGCUAUCUAAGGGUUCUGGCUAAAACUAAUUUAUGAAAAAGCAUCUUAAAGAACCUGUUGUAUUGUUUGAAUAGUUAGCUUUGCGAGACAUCCUUAAGAAUUCUGUUCUUACCAGUUUAUGCCUUAAGCGUAGAAAGCUUUUGCUAAAAAAAGCUUGCAGAUGACAUUUUACUGAGCAAAAAGCACUCCAUUCAACACACCAACGUGUCUUCUCACUGGGAUUCAGGGUGCCUUUUCAGACAGCCAGACACAUGAGCAGACAGUCACAAAACACACCUGGCAGACUAUUCAUGUAAGAAGCGAAGCGACAGAAGAGCACCAUGAGGGUGUUUAAACUAGUACUGUAUAAGGAUUCCGACACCCAAGAGGAUUCGGUGAGUUUCCUGCACUGAUAGCAAAAAGGCUGCAAUGAGCAAAACGCUUCCUGAGAGAGUGAAAGCGAAGGGAUUUUGAGGCUGUGCAUGUGGUAUCACUGAUGCGAGCGGGGGUGAUUGGUAUACAGUCAGAGGGAUUAUGGGAUAGUGUGAAAAUUCACACUGUGGAGGAAUGACACCCGGUCAUGAGCAGCAUGGGCGUGCACAAGAGCAGUGCAUGUCUUCAGGCACGUGCAUCACUGCUGCCUGCGUGAUGGCUGCAUUCCUCAGCUAGAGGACUCUGCCCAGUGUAGAUGAUGUCUGCAUGUGUACUCAUGGUCCCGUUUGUACAUGUCCCAAAUUAGAGUGCACCAGGUCACAGGUUUUGAGUUAACUGUUUUUUCAUUGUCUGGGGUGUUGAAGGAGGCUGUCUGUCAGAGGGUGCCAGCCUGGCUAUUGCAUUCCUUCAGUACAGUCGCUGGCCAUCCCUGGACAGCUGUGAGAGAGUCUGCCUGAGCCCUCACUCCGGCUGUGAACACCCCCAGAGAGCCAGGGCUCUGUCAGCUAUUGCAGGUAGUUAGAAAGUGUGAGCGGUGCUCCGUGUACAGGAAGAGGCCGUGCAAGACUCUCGUUCUCCCAGCCUCUUCUGCCACGUGCAGUCUGUUCCUGUGUGCAUGGGUUGAAAUGCCUCUGGGGGAAACAUGUUCUAUUAAAUUUACAUAGUGACUUUGCAUCUUUCCCAUAGUUUGUACAAGUUUGCCUUGUUUUCAUUGCAUAUUCCUACACUUGCAUCAGGUCAUCAUUGGGCUUCACUGCAUUAGAUUUUGAUAACUGCAUUGUUUGCCUGGGUAAAUAUGUAUGGGAACUGUGCAACAAAACUCUAAGACAUUUUAUUAUGUUACAAUGAUGUAUUUAAAUUAGGAGUCCAGUGUAGCAGAGACCAUUGGAAGCAUUGUAAAGCACAGUGACCCAAGAUAAAGAAAUGUAAGGUUUUGAGGAAAACCCUAGCUCAAGUGCAUUUACUAGUCAUUUUUCUCUCUAGUUAAAGAAACUGACGUGAUGAGCUACCCAGGCACACUGCAGCGCAUCAAGCCUCUUUCUUUGUAGCAGUCAUGGGUGGCUGUGUUUGUGAUGAUGUAACUUUUGACUGAAAACAGUGGACUGGCGUUGGCCUUGGAACCAGUGACUGUUCAAUUCAGUAAGGAUGCUGAGUAUGUAUUUUUUAUUUUUAAUUGUGGAAUUGAGUUAUAUACGCAUGGCAGUGAGGCACUGGCACUGUAAUUUAUUAAGAGGUGAAAGACACAGAGGGUGAGCUGUGGCAUUGUGGGAGAGACCAAGGGGACACAUUUUCUAGGCAGCAGAAAAGCACGAGAGGAUGAGGAAGAUGAAGAAAAUGAGAAGGCCGCCUGACCUUUCGUGGUGGUGAGGUAGCAGAUAUUGGGGAAAAAAAUCCCAAUCCCAUUAUGGAGUAAGUUUUGUCCAUUGCAGGUUUUACCUGUCACAGGUGCACAUCCACACUCUACAGCUAGAUCAGAGACAGUAAGAUGUUUAAGAGCAGUUCAGCUUUACACAUGAGAAUUGAGUAGUAGACUGAGAUAUCCAGCAAGUCUUUUGGACACUAUAAUAAUUCCUGUCGGGGAGUUCCUUUGAGUGCCUCCUGUAGAUUGUAGAGAAUUCCUCCCCAGCCACCCCUUAGAGACAUGAAGUAAGUGACUUGAAAGAUGAGGCUAUGAGGCCUCGUGACAGUGGACUCAGGCAGAGGUUAGAUCGGAAGACACAGGAACUUGGCUGCCAUGCUGCUGUACUGUAAACGAGGAAGUUGUGGGAGUUCGAAGCAGGGUUACUGGUGCUGUUUUGUCAUUUUAAGGACAAUGGCUAGCUCGCAAACUUUAAGCCUUUUCUUUCUCUCCGGCGUGUUGUCUUUGUGCUUCCCGUUUCCUUGCGUGGUGUAGAAACUGGCUUUAGGGAAGACGCUUCGUAAUAAAUCCGCCAGCACUCAGUGCGUUCCUCCAGUUGUGAGAGUUGCCGAGGGAUUCGAGAUGAAGGAGGGGAGGGGAUGGGAGGGAGGUUUAUGGUGAGUGAAAACAGAGGAAUAAAAACAGACUUGGAACCCA